UGUAGCUGCAGGUGCCAAACACCUCUUCAGCAAACCCAGAAGAGAGGAGAGGAGCUGCUGAACUGCAGGAUGGGUUUCUGUCAGGAGUUUGAAGUGACGGUUCACACCUCACCUGGUCCCACCUGCGGGACCUUCAACCGUCUGCGUCUCAGCCUGAUUGGAUCACAAGGCGAGACUCCGCCUGUCACAGUGAACGACGACCAUCACCUGCUGCCUGGAUCUACGUGCCUGGUCCUGGUCCGGCCCAGUGGCCCACUGGGUCGGGUGGUUCUGGUUCGGCUCCAGCUGGAGGUGCAGACUGGAUUCCCCAAUUUGGACUGGCACUGUAACAGAGUAGAGCUUCGCCAACGGGUUAAAGGUCAGGAACCAAGGCCCGACGGUUCAGAAACGCAGGUGUUCUUGUGCGACAGGUGGCUGCGGACAGCAGAUGGCGAUGUGGAGCUGCGCAGCGGAAACUUGUGUUUGCUGGCGGAGGAAACUGAAGAGCGAGCGAAGCAACACCGACUCAGCCAGCUGCAGCGGCAGCGGCAGCUCAUCAGGUGGGGUGUGUUUGUCGAAGGCGUUCCUCAGUGCCUCGAUCUCAAGAGUCUGUCCGAUCUUGGGCCGAACCUGAGCUACACACACAUCAGUCCAUCCAUCGACUUGCACUACCUGAGAGGCUUCGCCGGCCGGGCCGAACCCUGGAGCAGCUUCUCUGAGCUGGAGACUGCCUUUGCCCUCAGUGGACAUCAGAACAACAUUGCCAAGUUUGUGAAGGCUCACUGGAUGGAGGAUUGGUAUUUUGGCUAUCAGUCUCUGAACGGCUGCAACCCCCUGCUCCUGCGUCGGACACACCUCAUCCCUCCGAACCUGGCUGUCACCUCUGACAUGCUCCGCCCCUUCCUACCUGCAGGCUCCUCCCUUGAAGAAGAGCUCCAGAGAGGAAACAUUUACCUGCUGGACUACAAGCUCCUGGACGGGCUUGAAGGCAACCAGAUCAAUGGAAAGCAGACGUACCUGUCCGCCCCGCUGUGCCUCCUGCACCUGAACGAGUUGGGACAGGUGGUCCCCAUCGCCAUCCAGCUCCAGCAGACGCCCGGUCCGCAGAACCCGGUCUUCCUGCCCUCUGACCCCAGCUGUGACUGGCUGCUGGCUAAAAUCUGGGUCCACAGCGCCGACUUCCAGGGUCACCAGCUGGUCUCCCAUUACAUGCGGACCCAUAUGAUGGCGGAGCUGUGCUGCAUCGCCACGCUGCGGCAGCUUCCAGAGCAUCACCCUCUGCACCAGCUGCUGAUGCCUCACAUCAGGACGUCUCUGCAGAUCAACAUGCAGGCGCGAGCGUCGCUGCUGGCCGCUAACGGCCCCUUUGAUCAGGCAGUGGGUUCUGGUCUGAAGACCAUUCCAGACAUCCUCCGCAGAGCGUCGGCCACCAUCCACUAUCGGUCCAUGUGCGUUCCCGACGACCUGCUGGACCGCGGCGUGGACAAACUGCCUCGCAGCUUCUACGCUCAGGACGCCCGGAGGAUCUGGGACGUGCUGUACAGGUUUGUCCUCGGCUGGGUCCAGCUGUACUACAGAGGAGACAAAGACGUCCAGAACGACUCCGAGCUCCAGAACUGGAUCACCGACAUCAACACACACGGAUUCUCGCAGAACGCAGGGUUUCCUCCGUGUUUCCAAACCGAAGCAGAAGUUUCCAAGUUUGUGACCAUGGUCAUCUUCUCCUGCUCCGCUUUGCACGCUGCCGUCAACUUCUCCCAGGUCAGUGGACACGGGACGGAAACUCUCAGGACGGGUUUGAACACAAACACAAAGCAGCCAUUAAAAUAUGAAAAAUACUAACUAAUUUCUGCUAAAAGUUGGGAUUUGAAGCGAUAUAAAAAAAAAAGGCAAAUCAAGCUCUUGUUCUGUAGCUUCCUAAGCAGUCCCUGUUGUGGAGCAUGCUAACGUAAGCUAAUGCUAACCAGCUAUCCCAACACAGCAUUCAAAUGAAGCUAAUGUGCUAAAUCCAACCAUGUUUAUCCUGCCACGUGUCAAUAAUACAACAGAUUUGAACCCAGAAACGUUUUGCUACCAUCUGCUCCACCGUGCUAAACAAAGUGAAAACUUAAUUUUCCAGUAUUUCUCUGCGGUUUGUCUCU